AUGGGGGUCUUCCGCCUGACGAGCAUCAUUCCCAAGGGCCUCUUCCGAAAGCCGGAGGAGGUGCCCUCGAGGGAGCACGGCCUGCGAGUGCUGCCCAUCGACCUGGGCAAUCUGCUGUACGGCAUCAACGAAAGUACCUUCCUCUUCGAGGGGCAGACCAUCGGCCUGGGCUUCGAGUCGCCCCUGAUCGUGCCCUACCUGGAUGCCCUGGUCGAGUGGUUCAAUCACCACGGGAUCUAUGCGAUCUUCGUUUCCGACGGCAUGAAGGCACCCGAGAAGGGGGUCACCGCGCUGAACCGCUUCCAUGAAAAAAUCAAGAGCAUGAGCGCCAGCCAGGCCGACUACCUGUCUCACUACCGGGGCGGGCGCAUGGACAGGGCGCUGGACCACCUGCGCGGGGCCGUGCACCAUGGCGACUGCCUCCCGGCCUCAUGCUAUGAAGAGUGCCCGACCCUGCAGAAGGUCCUCGACCAAAGCCGACAGAAGCAUCGCAAGGGUCCGGCCCGGCGCGCGCCCGCCGAGCCCAUGUGCGUGGUCAUGGGCUUCACCAAUGUCCUGUUUAAUGUGCAGCGUCAUCUCACGGCCCUGGCGCGCCGGGACCCCGGGCGCCUGGCCUACAUCGGCUCCUUCACGGAGGCCGACGACAUUUUGGCCCUGCUGAGCCUGUACUUCGGCGCCCCGGUGCUCAGCAACGACUCGGACUUCUUUGUGCAUGGCUAUGGCCGGGUCAAGACCAUGUCCAUCUUCCAAAAGCAGUUCCGCCUGGACCGCAGCGCCCCCGAUGGCCGGCCGACCUUCCUGCCUUCGGCCACCUACGACGUGCCCUACCUCGGGGGGACCCUGCUGACGGCCGAUCUGGCCAGCUACUUCGAAACCACCGCCACCAAGAUGGCCUGGCUGCCGCUGAUCAUGGGCUGCGACUUCGGCCCGCCGGACGGCCGGGUGGGCCUGCUCCUCCAGAGGUACCCCUUCCCCGAUGGCAAGGUCGGCCAGUACUUCAAAAAGACGGCCGAGUGCUAUACCACGUCGGAGGCCUGGCCGGUGGCCGGGGCCAACUUCAAGCCCUCCUGGCAGGAGAUCCUCCGGGCCACCCAUAUGCGGGGGCGCCUUUUGCGGUCGGUGCUGGCGGCGCUGCCGGAGCCGGCGGCCCUGGAAGAGGCCCUCCGCCGGCCGGAGGCCCGGCUGGCGGGCGUCCGUAGCGAAGUGGACGCGGCCUUUCGCCGGCAUCGGGCCCAUAUGGCCGCGCUGCUGGGGCACCUGCACCAUUGCAGCGGAAUCGGCACGCUGCUGCUGAAAAGUGGCCAGUUCGGCCCGCCGGCAGGGCAGCCCCUCGGCGCGCGGCACAUCCACGAUGGGGUGCUCCUUUGCCUGGGGAUCUUCAGUGCCGGCCUGGCGGCCCCCGGUGGGGAUAGCCUGCCGGCCCUGGCCCGGAGCCUCGCCACCUACCUGACCAAGGAGCGCAUGGUGGACAGCCGGAGCCCGUGGUGCAUCUACGCCACCACCCCUCCGCCGGGCUUCCCACCGGCGGACCUGCCCGACAUGGCCCGGGGCCCGGGCCCGGCAGCCGGCCAGCCGACCGAGGCCGGCCCCGAGCCCGGUGCGCCCCGCGGAAGCCGGGCGGCCCCCGGUGGAGUGCGGUCGCCGGGCCGGCCGGCGGCGGCGGCGGCGGCGGCGGCGGCCACGGCCGCGGCCAUGGGCUCCGGGCUGGCGGCCGCACUGCCGGCCCCCCGGGCCGAGUCCGGCCCCGGGGCCGACAUGGAGCCCGGGUCCGAGGCCCUGCAGCCCCGGUGCCAAUGCCAAAAGGCCCUGCCCCUGCUGCAGCCCCUGAUCCAGGAGUUCUUCCACCUGCCGCUCUUCCACCUGGGCUUCGGGGCGGUGUACCCGCCGGAGGCGGCCGGCGACCGGCGGCUCUUCACGGUGGACACCUUCCUGGAGGGCAUCAAGCGCGGCGACCGGCAGAAGGCCUUCUUCCUGCCGCUGCUGCCGCAGUUCAGCCACCUGCGCGACAUCACCAUCUGGGCCCCCACCCGGCCGGCGCGCAUGCUGAUGUAUGCCCUGCUGGCGCGGGGCCCCGGCGGCCAGGCCCGCCCGACCAACCUGCUGCAGGUGACCGAGCACCACCCGGUGCCGACCAUGCUGAAUGGCAUGCUCCCGGCCGGGCCGCCCAGCACGGCCCAGGUCUACCUGCUGGAGGAGCUGGCCGGCGAAACGGCCGCCCUCCUCCGAGUCGUGGACCGGGCCCUGGAGGUGGAUGACCAGGAUGCCGGCCUGGACCGGGUGCUCCUGGCGGUCAUGCUGCUGUCGUCCAGCGUGGCCGACGGCGAGCUGGGCCUCAAGCCGGACAUCGCCGCCGACCGGGCCCUUGUCCGGCGCCUGGGCACCCUGGCCGCCGCCCUGCCGGACAGCCUGGCCCUCGAGGGCGCCCUGGCCGGGCUCCGCAUGCCGGCGGACAUCCAAGCCGCGGCCAUGGUGGCCCUGGGCCCCCGGUCGGCUGACGACCGGCCAAAGCUGGACCAGGCCCUGGGGCAGCUGAUCGCCUGGUGCCUGGGCCGCAUGGAGGCGGCCUUCGUGGGGGCCGAGAAAGUCACCCGGCUCCUGGCCCCCGGCGGGCUGAAUGGCUGGCUGGCGAGUCUUGCGGCCAUUGCGGCCGCCCGGCCGCCGGGGCCCGCCCCCCCGGCCGUGACCAUCCCCUCGACCCAGAUUGUGACGUCCUUCUCCCUGAUGCUUGCCAUCACAUGCACCUGGCUGGAUGUCUUCUCGGUGCUCUCGGGGCGCUGGUUGGCCCUGCGCCUGCAACGGCGCGCCCCUGGCGACGCCAUUUGCCGGGCCAGCGUGUGCUCGGCCGUGUCCGAGCACUUGGUCCGCAUCAUGAACACCAUCUCCCUUUGA